GACUGUUGAUUUUUGUUUCCUGAGCUUCCCGUCUGCAACAUAUGUUUGCCGAGGACAAUGAUUGCUGAUACAGUUUCUUCUCGUAAUUGUUAUUCCAUUAUUGUCAGGCUCCAUGAAGACCAACAAUUGAUUAUCACAGAUAUCGACAUAAACAAGUAUGAAAUGAUACCUGGAAAUUCAGUCUUAUAACGAGAUUGGGGACCAAUUUUCCUCGAGCAGCUAGCAGCUGCUCGUGAUCAGACGAACGCGAGAGCCGUUGCCGGCGGGGCGGAUCCCCGGACUAGAGGAGCUGGACUGCGUUUCGAACAUAUUUCAAUCCGACUACAAAUAAUACAGACAUCAAUCAAGUUAGAAAUCUGUGACUGUAAGCCCUUUUUGUGUCCCAACUGUGAGCAUGCAAGAAAUCACUCCAGAAUUCGUAUACACUUCUGGUGCUGCAGGAGAUGACUGAUUUUAUUGCUGAAGACGAGUUAGUUCCUUUUAUGAUGGAUCCUCAAACGCUGGAAGAUGGUACUACGCACACCGAGUCACCAUAUUCAAGCGCAGCUUAUAAAAGACCUACCGCAGGGAGCUCUUUGAUUGAUCGCCCUCAGGAACAAGCUAUCAGUGGCAAAGGAUGGGGUCGAGUAAAGAAAUUUGUGACGGGCCAAUCAGGGUUUCCAAAGAGUGUGUUCUUCAUUGUAGGAACAGAGUUCUGCGAGAGGUUCUCCUUCUAUGGCAUGAAAGCCAUCUUGGUUCUAUAUCUGACAAACAUUCUGCUCCUUGGUGAUAAUACAUCGACAGUGAUCUUCCAUUCCUUCAACAUGCUGUGCUACUUCUCUCCAAUCAUUGGUGCAAUGAUAGCUGAUGGUUGGCUGGGAAAGUACAAAACUAUUGUCUAUAUUGCUCAGAUCUACAUGCUGGGCAAUGCAGUCAUGUGCUUCACUGCGCUACCUCCCCAGACGACAGGCAAUCCUGAAUUAGUUGGUCCUAUGAUAGGCCUAUUACUGAUAGGUCUGGGAACUGGUGGGAUCAAGCCCUGUGUGUCAGCCUUUGGUGGAGAUCAGUUUAAAGCAGAUCAGGAGAAAGAAAUCCAGAGGUUUUUCUCAGUAUUCUAUUUCUCCAUUAAUUCUGGGAGCCUCAUCUCAACGUUUAUUACACCUAUCCUACGCCAUGAUGUCAAGUGCUUUGGGAAUGACUGCUACACUCUUGCCUUUGGUGUUCCUGCUGCUCUAAUGGCAGUUGCCAUUGCAAUUUUUGUGUGUGGGCGUUACUUUUAUCAGCAAAAUCCUCCUUCUGGAAAUAUUGUUGGAGAGGUUAUUAAAGCAAUGGGGUUUGCUGUGAAGAAUCGAUUUCAGAACAGAAACAGUCCAGAGAAGAAAGAGCAUUGGCUUGACUGGGCAGAGGAAAAAUAUGGUGCUUCUCUGAUAGAAGACAUCAAGGUGCUUCUCCAUGUCCUUUUCAUCUUCUUACCACUUCCUUUCUUCUGGGCAUUGUUUGAUCAACAAGGAUCUCGCUGGACACUCCAGGCAGAACACAUGGAUGGUCGACUGGGCUCUUAUCAAAUCAAACCAGAUCAAAUGCAGGCCCUAAAUCCAGUUUUCAUCCUAUUCUUCAUCCCUCUUUUUGAAGGAGUCAUUUACCCCCUCCUAGACAAGUGCAAUGUUCCAAAGCGUCCCUUGCAAAGGAUGGCUGGUGGAAUGAUCCUUGCCGCUAUUGCUUUCAUAUUGGCUGGUUUUGUUCAGUUGAAAAUAGACAGUACUGAAAUCAAGUUACCAGGCAAAGACCAAGCUAUUGUCAAUAUUAUUAAUGCAUCACCUUGCCCCAUCGGUGUUGAAAGUGAAUUCUAUACUGGAAAUAUUGAUAUAGGCGAGGGGACCAAAGAAAUUGAUUUUCCAAUUGGAGAUUAUGACGUAAAAUUUGAGCCUAGCUGUUCGGAACUGGGUGCUGUUCAAUUAUUUUCUGCCAGCUUAGGCAGUCAGAAGGUUGAAAGUGUCACAGUGUACAGUUCAGGAGACCAACUCCAAGCUAUUCAGGUAAAAGGUCAUUUAGAAAAGUCAAGUAAAGGACUGGGAAAAAUAAGUUUUGGAUAUUUCAUGUCUACUGGCACUCUACCGGAUAACCUGACCAUCUCCAUAGAAGAACCUUUGAAGGAUAUAACCUACACUAUGCAUGUUCUACGAAACAAUGUCAGCUCAUCUCGCGGUAUUGAGCCUGGAGAGUACAAUGUGUAUGGAUUGCCUGAGGGAAAUGCUAGUAAAGAGCUUUUGGGUCGUGUUGAUGUUCAGAUGGGCGGCAUCUAUCGGUUGAUUUUACAGCCUGCCAAUAUAUCACAUCCAGAUAUUAUUCAUCUUGCUAUCCACAUGGAGGUCCAGCCUAAUAGUGUAUCAAUGCUCCUACAAAUACCUCAAUAUGUUAUCAUCACUUGUGGAGAGAUUUUAUUCUCGAUCACAGGUCUGGAGUUUUCUUACUCACAGGCCCCAUCUAGUAUGAAGUCCUGUGUUCAAGCUGCUUGGCUUAUGACUGUUGCCUUUGGGAAUCUUAUUGUUGUCAUCAUCGCUGAAUCUCAACUAAUUGAAAGUCAGGCUAUGGAAUUCUUCCUCUUUGCUGGUUUAAUGGGUUUCGUCAUCCUCCUAUUCUCCAUCAUGGCGUGUUGUUACGUCUACGUCACACCGAAAGAACGAGAUGUACAGAUGCAUGACACAGCCGGUCUUGUCGCAAACAGUGAUUUAGAAGAGUCUGGUACAGCAGGCUAUCAAAGCUUAGAUGAUUCAGCUCAGAAAUGAUGACCUCUUCUGGUAAAAUAUCAAGAAUCAUACAACCCUGGAUAUUAGUUCGUAUAGCUACUGGAUGUACAUGUAUUGAAUGUUAGAGAUAUUCCUUUUUUAUGCAGACCACAUGUUAUUUAUUGUAUGUUGUAGUUUCUUAUUUGUAACUUGUUUCAAGUCGAAUAAAAAAAAAGUAUAUUUUAGCUACAUUGUAGAAUAGCACUAUUUGAUGGUUAUUUAUAUAUUUCUGUCAUGAUCACUUCAAUGGAUAGAGUAUACAUGUAUUAUUUAAAUAAUUGUUUUACAGUAAUUAUUAAGCUUGUUCAUUUAAAACAAGUCUAAAACAUUUCAUGCAUUAUUAUUAUCAUUAUCAUACUGCAUUACAUGAUAAAACUCUUUGAAAGAGUUGUAUGUCUUAGUUCAGUGAUAUGCAAAUAUGAAUUAAUUUGGAAAAAGGUUAACCUGUUUUAAAAAGAAUCCAUCAUAUAUUGAUUCUUUGUGAACAGAUGUUUUUACUGUACAAAUAUUUCACUUUUGAGAUUCUACAUACAGGUGACCUGUGGAGCCCGUUACACGAAGAUUAGCAAUCAUUGCAGAUCAGUUAUCUACGAUUGAUUGCAUUGACUACAAUGUACAAUUAAUCAUAAAAAGCAAGCACUUGAUUAAUCGCUAACCUGUGUGUUACAGGGCCCUGGUGGUUAACAGAAGGCUACCCUGUAUAGAUGUUUGCAAACAAUUCUGAAAUAUUUUCUUGUAGUAGUACUAGUGUACGAGUACAAAUUUCUUAUCAGUUCCUCACUCAUGAUAUGCAGAAAUCUGUAACUGAACUCAAAAUGAUUGUUUCUCAAUGAUGGCCAAAGAAAGAAUACUACAUAUACUGCUUUGCUGUAGUAAUCAAAGUCUUUGGUGUUUAACCAAACUACUGCAAAUAGCAGAGCCAGUGGGUCAAAACUCAUGAUUUUUGUCUCAACUGCAUAGCAGAGAGAGACUAUAGGCGCCGCUUUUCCAACGGCGGCGGCGUCAACAUCAAAUCUUAACAAAGUUAAGUUUCUGAAAUGACAGCAUAACUUGAAAAGUAUAUGGACCUAGUUCAUGAAACUUAGAUAAGGUUAAUCAAGUAUUACUAACAUCCUGCCCGAGUUUCAGGUUACAUGACCAAGGUCAACGGUCAUUUAGGGUCGAUGAACUUAGACCAUGUUGGGGAGUCAAUAUCAAAAUUUAAACCUAGGGUUAAGUUUUUGAAAUGUCAUCAUAACUUGAAAGGACCUAGUUCUCGAAACUUGGCGAUAAGGGUCAUCAGGUGUCACUGAACAUCCUAUGUGAGUUUCAGGUCACAGGUCAAAGGUCAUUAGAUCAAUGAACUUUGGCCAUGUUGGAGGUAAUUACUAAAUUGCCGUCAUAACUUUUAUGAAUAUAGUUUAUGAACUGUGGACAUAGGGGUAUUCAAGUAUCACUGACAAGUCUUAGGUCACAUGAUCACGGUCAAAAGUGAUUUCGGGUCAAUGAACGUAGUAUUGUAUCAUUAUAUGAAUGGUGUCAUAGUAGUUUUCAAAGUCAGCACUGCUGCUAUAUUGCAUUGCGUAAUGCAGGUGAGAUUGCCAGAGGAGCUCCACUUGUUGUUUAUUAUUGAAAAAAUCUUCCUAUUUUCCAUCAUUAUAAAUGUAUAGAAAUUAUAUUCUAUUUAUACUCUAUUUUUCCCAUAUGUAGUUGAGUGUGAUCAGUGUAUUUUGAGAUUAUAUUUGAUGUAAUUUUAUGCUGUGUUAGUAGGUUACAUCUUCCUUGGGGCACAAACGUUUUACAUACAAAUGGGAGAAAAGUACUUUACUGCCAAUAAACUGAUAAUGUUACCAACCUGUUAAAAAAAAUCUUCCAUUUUAUAUUGUUAUCUAAAUAUUCCUUUCAGGUUAACUCUUUUAAUAGAAAAGUUCACUAGUGUUAUAUACAUCAUUUACCAGUUAAAACCUUUGCACCUAACAUUACCACUUUCAUGUAUACUGUAUGGUAUGUGUAUGCAGUAUGGUAUGUGUAUGCAGUGGUAGUUGAGUGCAGGUAUACUUAAUAGAACUUGGAACAAACAUUCCAGGGGGUUGUUUCAGGAGUCUGGUCAUCUAGUCAGAACUUUAUUUACAACUUUAAUGUGAAAUGCCAAAAUAUAAAUUUUGUCUUCACAUAAAAUAUUUCCAAACUUUAUUGCAUUGAUAACAAUUUACCAGUUUAAAUGUGUGUAUUUGAAAAUGUUAAUCAAUAUUUGCAUGUUCAGAUUAUGCUACAUUGAGACACAUUUGGCUUGUUAUAUUUCAGUCGUUUCUCGGUUUAUGUAUUAGUUAAAGAACUUCAUGAAAAAUCUCCCAGAUCUACAUAUAUGUGAUGGUGUCUUUCUGGGUGAUUUAACUUUGGGUUUUAUCUCCUUAAACUGCCAACUUUGAGAUGUUUUAUUUAUGUCAAAUUUUACUGCUGCCUGUCAGGUCCCUUGGAGUGGACUCACAACCAUAGACCAGCUAGUUGCUUAUUUUCAAAACCAUGACUGUAUUUUUUAAAAUGAGUAUAAGAAUGUAUGUAAAAAUAUUCAAGUAUCUAUGGCUGUGAGUGUGACUUUCAGUUUGGUCAUAUGCAAAAUCUCUGCAUGUAUGUUUUUUAUAGAUCUUAUUGCAUUUCUUCUUCCCGUGCAUGGUGCUUUACUUCCGAGGCUGAUAAUCAUUAGAGGCUUAUACAUUAUUUUUAUAUAUUCCUUUUAGUGGCAAUUGGUAAAAGCCUAUGAGAUAUCAUGCAUUGUGAUUAAUAUAUUUUAUUUAUUUAAAUUAUGAGGUUACAUGUAUAAAAUGUACAUAUCCUUUUCAUCACUCUACAGUGAGAGUUUUUCAGAUGGAAAUGUUCAUGCAAAGAAGUUCAAGAACUAGUGUUUCAAACUUCUCUUGUCAGUUUCAUCAGUGCCUACAGUAUCUGCCUUGAUGAAAACCUUGAUUAAAAUUCUUCAAUCAGACCCCAAAACCAUUGUGAAUUUUGAGAGGAAAAUAUGAAUGAUAAAAUUUUCUCGAUAAUUCACGAAACUAAAGAAAAAUAGACUCUUUUUUAUAUUGAGGUCUGUACCAAGAGAUAGUCAUUUAUUGCUUCAGUUGAGCUGUUAUUUGUAACAUGCCUUCACAAACUGGUUUGCUGGUCUAUAUUAACUUAGUUUUGUCAUGAUAUAUGCUUGCAGGGUACUACUAUAACAAUCACACACAUUCCUUGUACAUUUAGAGAAUUUGUAAUAUACUAACUUUAUAUUUGAUAGUCCAGGGGUCUGAAAAAAAAUCAAAUGCAUAUCCUGUAUAAAGUUGCAUUUUACUUCAUGACUUGUUCUGAUUGCAACUCCUACAAUGGGUUCCCAUUUAUUGACUUUUUAAGGAAUCAAACUUUAUGAAAAAGUGUGAGCUGCCUUGAGUAGUUUAUGUGCAAUUUUAGGCAUAGAUUUAUAAUUUCCACUAAGGAAUUGUCUUGCAUGCUUGUCGAUAUGAAACCAUAAUUUAAUCUCUAUAUUUAAAGGUCAAGUCCACCCCAGAAAAAUUAUGACUUGAAUAAAUAGAGAAAAAUCAAACUAGCAUAGUGCUGAAAAUUUCAUCAAAAUCGGAUGUAAAAUAAGAAAGUUAUGACAUUUUAAAGUUUUACUUAUUUUUCACAAAACAGUUAUAUGCACAACUCAGUGACAUGCAAAUGAUGUCCAUCACUCAUUAUUUCUUUUUUUUUAAUUGUUUGAAUUAUGCAAUAUUUCAAUUUUCACCAAUUUGACAUUAAGGACCAUCUUAACUGAGCCAUAAGAUGUUAUAACAAUGGUAAUACCACAUGUUCAGGGAGGAAUAAAACUUUGUCUCACAGGACAAUAAGUAGAAUAAUUCAUAUAAUAAAAUACAAAAGAAAUAGUGAGUGAUGUCAUCAGUUCCCUCAUUUGCAUACCUAACAGGAUGUGCAUAUAACUGUUUUGUGAAAUUAAGCGAAACUUAAAAAUGUCAUAAUUUUCUUAUUUUACAUCCGAUUUUGAUGAAAUUUUUCGGUGGUAUGCUUGUUGGAUUUUUCUCUUAUUAUUCAAAUCAAAUUUUUGCUGGGGUGGACUUGUCCUUUAACUGCCUUGAUAUUCAAGUAUAUAUAUACACAACCCAAUUUCAUUCUAUGUAUGCCCAUAAAUCUGCUCUGAAGUCUUUACAAUCAAAAUUAUGUUGUACUGCUCACAAACCAUUUUCAGUAGAUCAAAGAUGUGUUUUCAUCCAUUUCACACUCAUCCUUACCCCCUCCACUUUCAAUGCAUCCUUCUACUAUCGUUUGCCUUCAACUGUCCCUUUAAAGGGAUGGUCCAGGCUGGAGAUAGUACAUUAUUUAUUGCCACAACUUGUGCAUCAUAUAACAUGUAUGAAAAAAUAAGAACGUUUUAUGUUCCGGGAUGUGACAUCAUAAUGCAUAUAACUGUUUUAUCUUCAGCCCGGACCAUCCAUUGAAUUGCCCAUCAUCUCUUCAGCACAUACUUACAACUAAAUCACAAAAAACACUCAUAUUCCAAGAUUUCAGGCCAAUCCAGAACUGUGCAGUCGCAUAAUACUCCUCAGGCCAUUUUUAAGAGGGUUUCGUUUGUAAAAUUAUAUGUGUAGUUUAUUAUAUACAGGUACCUUAUGGCAUGUUUUCUCUCUGUAUGUUGAUUGACAGGGUGAUCAUGGAUUGUUAAUUUUUGUUCCCCAUUUAUUUGAAACAAUAAACCUAUAGAAUUGAUGUUGUCUUGAAUAAUCUCAAUUAAAAACAGAAUUAAAUCUA